AUGGGUCUUAGUCUUGGUCUUCGGCAGGAUGUGGGUCUUAGUCUUCGAAAUCGUGAGCCCCCCCCCCAACGUCCCGGGACGUUGCAUGCCCCCCCCCACAUCCCAAAACACCACACACCGGCGCGAGGACCGAACGCAAGGACGGCGUUCGUUCGUGGCGUUCGAGCGCCUCCCGCAGGCAAAGACUUGGCCGUGCUCCUGCGACCCCACGUGCCGGUGCUUCCACGUGAUACGGAGCCCCGUUGCUCCGGCGAGCUUGCCAAGGCGCCCGUGGGUUGGACUCCGGUGAGCAUGCCGCAGCUGCAAGAGAAGCACAUGCAGAUGGGGACAGGCAUCAUUUACAAGAUCGAUUUUCCGUUCAAUGCCGAGUUGCUACAGAAGAUGGGGCCGUCAUGGCUCACCAAGGCCUUCCAUACGGCAGGCUCCAUGCCCAAAGACAAUAAGGUGAAGACCUUGAAGAACAUUAAGGAAUACAUCGGCGGAGGGAACUGCUCCAAGCUGGUCUUCGAUGUGGAGUAUGAGCAGCCAGCGCCCGAUUUGCAUACCGAGCUCUUUGCGAAGAUCCCCUUCCCACUGGCCGGCAACACGCUGUCUGAUCGUAUGGCAUCGUCCGUGAUGCAGAGUGGAGCAGAGAUCGGAGAGAUCAAUGCUCAAAGACUUUUAGAGUCGCGCCUUCCUUUCAGCAUCCCCAGGUACUAUUUUGGCGAUGUGUCGAACGACACCUCCAACUGGAUCCUCAUCACCGAGCGGAUCCCUUUCGGGAAGCAAGAUGGUGAUCGAAAGAUGGACCCUGCCUAUGACAAGAUGAAGGACCGCGGCAGGUGCCCAGCCCCGGACUGGGAGCUGAAGGGGACUGUAGACGAGUACUAUUUCCUGCUGACCACCUAUGGCGCCCGCAUGGCGGGCAUGGACAAGGCAGAGAAGCUGGCACCACGAGCCGUGAUGGAUGGAUUCUUCCCAUCUGCAGCCAUGCGGCCCAAAGAGCACUGGGGCAUGCGCGCGGAAAGCUCUGGCAUUGGCGAGAAGGAAUUCGCCAUGAAGAUCAAGAUGGGAGUGGACUUUGUGGGCACUACAGGCAAAGCGCUUUUUCCAGCGGAGUGCUCCACUGCGAGUUUUCUGCAAAAGUACAAGAAAAUACUGGCUAUUUCAAACGCGUACACGGCGGAGAUGGCAUGGUGGUGCAAUCGAAAUCCAGACUACAUUGCAUGGAGCCAUGGCAAUCUCAAUGUUGACAACGUGUUCUUUUGGCGGGAUGCCUCCGACAAGCUAGAUUUGGGUGUGCUUGAUUGGGGAGGCGCUCGAACCGAUUCACUGGGCUGGAAGCUAUGGUGGUGGCUUUACUGUUGCGAAUAUGACUUCUUGAAUGCGAACCUAGAUGCAUUGCUGGACUGCUUCAUCAAGGAGUACCAGGAACGGACCGCGAGUUCUGGCAAGCCAGAACUGCCUUUGGUGCACUUUGGGAUGGCAACGGAAGCCUCCGCCUUCGUCACGGUCAAGCCAGCCAGUGGCGGCCCGCUCCUGGAGCGCAAGGAGCUCCGAUGGCAAUUUACGCUGAGCGCCCUGCAGCAGGGCAUCGGCCUGUUGGGCGCGGUGCCGCAGAUCUACAAGAUGUGCAAGAAGCCCGAGUUUGCCAGUAUCAAAGAUCGGCUAGAUCCACGCAUUUCGCAAAACAUCGAUGGCAAGAACACCCUCAGGAUCUACAUUGGAACCUGGGCAGCUUUCAAAUGGUUCAGGAGUGGUGGAGUCACAAGUCCUGGGAGGAAACGAGCUCCGAGCAACAUGAUUUUUGGGGGGGUGGGAGCUUUCCCCCACCCAAAUGCAAUCCCCCUUUUUUGA